AGCGCGAAAUGUACUUCCUGUUGUAAACACGACAGCGUUUUGCAGAUCGUUUGGAAGGGCUAUUCACCGGAAAGACCUCCACAAUGAGCUUUGGCGGACAGAGUACAUCGUCUGGAUUUGCGCUGAAGAAGUUUCUCACAGAGGAUGAAGUGGAGGAGAAAAAGCGUAUUCGGCAAGAGCACUGGGACAAAGUUCGCAAAGCUGAUGAUCCAUUAGAAUGCCCAGAGGAAGACACACGGUCACUGUUCGAGAAGCUCCAGGAACAAAAAGACAAGAAACAGCAAGACUAUGAAGAACAGUUUAAAUUCAGUAAUGCUGUCAAGGGAUUGGAGGACGAUGAAGCGGAGUACCUGGACGAAGUGUCUCGGCGCCAGAUGCAGAUAGAGAAAGACAGACUGACUGAAGAGACCUCGAUAAUCAGGGAGAUGAGAGAUGCAAAUGUGGCAAUACUCCCCGAGAAGGCUUCAACAAAAGAUGGAGAGAAGUCAACAGCAGCAGCAGCAGGGAAGAGUGCACCGACCGCCUCCAGCAGGAAGUCACAACAGUCCUUACUGCUGGGAGCAGUGAAGAGAAAAAGUGCUGAAUCUUUGGAUGAAAAUAAAAAACAGAGAGUAGACGAUGCAGACAGUUCCACAGUGGACAGUUCAACAGAGGAACAGCCUCAACCCAGAAGAGUGAAUGGUGUGGCCAGGGUCAUCGGCAUAUUGCCUGGAAUUGGCAACUACUCUGAUGACAGUACUGACUCGAACUCCUCCAAUAGUGACUCUGAUCUCGAUGAGUUCAUGAUAAGGCCCAAAGUGAAGAGAAUCAUUAUCCAGACGAAGGAAGGAUGUUAGUCCGGUCAUCCUACAGGUGCUGCACCCACAUCUCCCAACAUCCGUUCCAGGACAACAUUGUACAAAGUGUCACCAUGGGUGAAAGAACUGUUGAUUUUAGUUAUGCAGAGAUUUUAAGGAGCAAUGUAAACAAUAGGAUCAAAACAGCAUAUGAUGCACUGAUUUAUGGAAUAAAGUAAUGUUAGUAAGGAAGCCUGUUGAAACAUAUACGUCUCAAUAUUUGAUAGGGAUAUUCUGAUUGUCCAGGUUUGAGUGAGUGAAUGAGUAUGGUUUUACACCGCUUUUAGCAAUAUCACGGCAGGGGACACCAGAAAUGGGCUUCACACAUUUUAACUGUGUAGGGAAUCAAACCCGGGUCUUCGGUGUGCUUUAACCUCCAGGCUACCCCAUAACCCCUCCAGGUUGGACAUGAAUGAUUGCUUGCUAUGACAUGGUGUCAUACAAAUAGUAUCCCAUGUUGCCAUGCAACUGAAGCAUGUUCCGCUUUAUCUCAAGUUAAUAAAAGUAAGUACGCAAUUCAAGUACAACAGUUGGUGACCUCUAUUAGCAACAUGAAAUAAUCCAGUAUCCUGCUCCAAUGUUCAUUAGUGUAUUAAAGAGUACUGUAUUGACUACCAGCUCUAAUAAAGUUUAAAAUGGGCACACAAUGAAAUCUGAAAAAUAUUUUUUUUAUGCCAAUAGAGGAAAAUGUGUGGGUUGACCCCAAAGUCAACAUACAAAUCAGUUUUUGACAUUAAGAAUAAAACCUGGGGUCCUUGUCAUGUUAAUUGUGGGGAUCCCUAAACUCAAAUACUAUAGCAACAACCCUCAGGUACCCAGGACACUGCAGUAAUUUCAUGAGCAAUGAGACUUAGCAGAAAUUGCCCAUGUGGCAAAAUAUUCACAUGAAUGAGUUUUUGAACUACAUACGAAAAUACCUUGUUUAUAAUUAUAUUUGUCCCAUACCUACAAUCAGUCUGUUUCACAUAUUCAGAUAACAUUUUUGACUACAAAUAAAAAAAUAUCAUUGUUUUUUCAUGUUAUUUUCCCAUACCUACCAGUCAGGGUGUUUCACAAAACAAUCUGUAAACUGUGAUAUAACAAAAGUCUGGCCCUAGGUUUAGCUGUAAUAAGUACUGCUUGUGUAAUUGACAUUGUCACUCUGUAAUUACAGUCAUCAUUAACUAGGUUGACACACACUGUUAAAUUCAACUUAAAAAAAGUGUUGUUUGAAUGACUUGAUUCAGCCAAAGGAGGACAGCUACUUAGCCUGGUCCUCCUCUAACACACUGUAAUCGUUAUCUUGAUCACAUUAUGUACAUUGAAGGAUGUUCAUGGCCUUAUGUUCUGGCAGUGAAUAUAAUGGCAUUUAGUUGAAUGCUGAAGAUGCUGAUUGGAUGUGCCAGUGCCUGUUCAUGCUAUUCAUAUUACAUGUACAGGUGUAUUAUCAUUGCUACCAUCUUCAUUCAAUUUAAUCUGUGUUGAUAUUCAACUGUAUUUUGUUGAGGUUGCAAAUUAUUAAACAUUCUUGAAUAAAGCAUAUUAUUAUAUUA